CCACCACGUAACAACAGGAAUAAAACGAUUAAAAACUACUGUACGAAAUACUUUCGACGACAGCAAUUUUUUGUCACAUCUUCCGUCUUCUCUUUCUUCGCCGCCGACAGCAUCGCUGUAAUUUCCUUUGCUCCGCAUAAUGCACCGUUGUCGCAGAGUGUUUUAGCUAAUUCGACAUCUAAGAAACAACGAACACGAGCACCGUUAACGUCAACGACAACGACAACGACAACAAGAACCACCAAAUCCAAAGUGGAUAUUUCAUUGCUUAUAGAAUAGAUAGAUCGUAACCACACGCCAAAAUGCCUCAGCACGAGCACAUGGAACGCCACAAGAAGCUCCACGGGGUCCGCAUGGACCACGAGGAGCGGAUGCGGAAAAAGGAGGCCCGGUUGGUACACAAGCGAUCCGAGUUCUCUCAGAAGGUGCACGGUAUCCGGGCCAAGCUCUACCAGAAACGCCGGUUCAAGGAAAAGGCCACGAUGCGAAAGACGAUCGCCAUGCACAACGAGCGAACGAACACCCACAAGAACGACGAGGCCGUGGCAGAGGGAGCCGUCCCCGCCUAUCUGUUGGAUCGGGAGGGAGUGAGCCGWGCGAAGGUCCUGUCGAACACGGUGAAGCAAAAACGAAAAGAAAAGGCCGGAAAGUGGGAGGUCCCCAUUCCCAAGGUCAAGCCGGUGGCCGACGACGAAAUGUUCAAGGUCAUGAAAUCCGGGAAGCGAGGAAAGAAGGCGUGGAAGCGCGUCGUCACGAAGGUCACCUUCACCGGGGAGGCCUUUACGAGAAAAAAUCCGAAAUACGAACGAUUCAUUCGGCCGUCCGGUCUGAGAAUGAAACGGGCCAACGUGACGCAUCCGGAAUUGAAGACUACCUUCCAAYUGGAUAUUUUGGGGGUGAAAAAGAAUCCAUCCUCACAAAUCUAUACGAACCUGGGUGUCAUGACAAAGGGAACCAUCAUCGAGGUCAACGUGAGCGAACUAGGGCUGGUGACAACGUCCGGAAAGGUAGCCUGGGGAAAGAUGGCGCAGGUAACCAACAACCCCGAACUCGAUGGCUGUGUCAACGCAGUGCUGUUGGUGUAAACUUUUUACACGUGUAUUUUAGAUUAAAUAAGAUUUAUUUCC